AUGAUGCCAUUUGUGUUAAUCUUGUUAAUACCAACUAUUGUUUCGUGUACAUCAAUCGUAUCUGAUAAUUAUCAACAAGCAUGGACACAAUUAGAAGCUUAUACCAUUAAGAGUUUGAAUGAUUUAGCAUCAAAUUAUCAAAAUGACCUACAAAUCAUCACGAAAAAAGUGAAUAUUACUGACGAAUGUGAACAAGCUCUAAACCAAUGGGCUGAAGGGAUAAAAUCACUGGAUGUUGAGUCUGUAAAGCGUUUGGAUUCAUGGGGACGAUUACCAUCAAGCUUAUUAGAUGGGAGUUUGGUUAGCCUUGGUGGCUUCACCCAAUGCAUGUCAUCAACAACUAACCGUUACUGUUUGGCCUAUGCUAAUAUGCCUUUGAUGCCUACUCAGCCUAUUGAAGGAAUACCCUUUGACUAUCCAUCGAAAGCUUUCAACUUUUCCAGUCCAACAUUCAAUUAUCUUAAAUCUUACAUUCACUAUUUUCGAUACAUGAAUGUUACAAGUGGUAUUUGUGUGCCUCGACAGUGUUCAAAGUUUGACCUUAAGCGUUUAGCUAACGGUUACUCGGAGUAUUUAAAAACUGGUCUGAUUAUAGAUAUUGAUAUGUGUCAAACUCGUGAACCUCACAAUGAAAUACGUUGGUCCCAUAUAAUUGCCUCUAUUUUUGUUGGAUCCAUACUUUGUCUCAAUAUUAUUGGAGUUUGGGCACCAAAAGGAAGUUUCCUGUCACAAUUUAAUUUCGCUGCUAAUAUGGCUAAAUUGUUUUCCACUCGUCCACGUUCACCAGGUCCAACAUCAAUCCCAUGUCUCGAUGGUCUUAAAGCUUUAACUAUGCUGUUCAUGCUCUACAUUCACGUCUUUUUCACUUUACUCUUUCAAAAUAUGACCACUUUCUUCCGUACCCGUGAGUCGGUGACCCAACCGGUAUUUUCGUCAACCCUACUUGGACCUUUUACAAUGGAAACGUUUUUCCUUCUAACCGGGUUAGAGACAACAAUACACUUUCUUUACAACAAGACUAAAUUGGAUGGUAAAGUUUUCCUUUUCCUUAGAUGGACUCGAUUUGUUCCCUCCAUUGCUUGGAUGAUUUGCUGUUAUAUUUUACUGUUUAGUAACCAUUUUCGUGAUUACAUGGGAGGACCUUAUUGGAAUGAUUACUAUGCUACUGGUUCAGUGGCCUCAACUUGUGAGAAAACCUGGUUAGGACACUUGUUCCUUGUCGCCCAUUAUUUUGAUGUCAAAGAAGACAUCAAUAUUUGUAUUCUCGCUGAUUGGUAUUUGGAAGCUGAUUACAUGUUUGCCAUUAUUUUUGUAGUUCUCGUUCUACCAUUUAUACAACGAAAGCGAAAAUCUAUUGCCACAAUUAAUACGAUCCUGUUGAUUUUACUGGGCGCAGUUAUUCUUGGUUCCUUGAUGUACAUCUUUGAUUUACAACAUUCAUGGAUUCCUAUGGCAUAUCCUCAAGACAAAUUAAUGAAAUAUCUAGUUUAUAUCCAUUCAAAAGGUUGGGGGCAUAUGAGCUCUUAUUUUGUUGGUGUACUUCUUGGUUUUAUUAUGGGUGCUUUUCAAUUAAAAGUAUCAAAGCUUGUUUCGUCUUUUAUGUGGCUCCUUUGGUUAACAGCGUGGGCAAUUAUACUUGUUUAUGAGGCGACAAUCAAUUACCGUCUAUUUCCAGUGCCUUACUCGAUUUCGCUAUUUUAUGGCAUGUUUAGCAAAACGAUUUGGUCAUACAUUAUCGCUUGGCUGAUCUAUGCUUGUCACAAUGGCCACAUAAUCGAAGCCAUUCCAAAGUUUCUGUCUUCUAAAGUUUUCACUGUUCUUUCUCGAGUUAAUUUGUCAGCUCUAUUUGUGAAUCCACUUGUUUUUCAACUUCGUAAUGCAACUUGGCAUACAAAUGUCGAAACAAAUAUGAUCGAAUUUGCGUAUUCUGUUGUUUUCCCUCUUCUAGCUUCAAUUUAUGCCUUAUCCUUUUUAUUCUGUGCUCUUGUUGAGGUCCCUUGCGUUAAUAUCAUGAAAAGUUUACUUAUGAAGGAGAGAGGUUCACCCGAAGUUAAACCAAAAAAGACAGAGGUACCUUUAGUAGAAUGUUCAAAAGCAGUUGAUCCAUGA